UUCUUUCGUGGAAAGCACUGGUAAUGAAACAAAAUGGAACUAUUAAUUGGAAAUCCUGAACUGUUUCCUUGUGCAUUGUGUUUAUUUCCUUUUUUUCAAAGUAGCUGUCAACUUCAGUAUAAAAUCUUGCAAGAUAUGUCAAUUAUAAUAAACAUAUCUGUGUCAGUGUUAGGAUCCGUGUUCUGGGUCUAAAAUUAUAAACUAAAAUCUUGAUUUGUUUAUUAGCGGCACGAAAAUUAGUUUCUUCAGUGAAACCGUGACGCAUAAGUUAAUAGGCCGGCCGUUGUCGUAAUACAAUAGUACCAGAAUACAAGUAAACCCUGCAUUUACGGGGGGUAAUGACCCGUCACACAGAGGCGAGUGCUGGAAAUAAUAAGACCAGAGGAAUAGCGCGGAACUGCUUUGCAUCCUGUUAAAUAUACGACCCUUUGUCUCUUGUAUUUCCGGGUUCAGUACGACACCUGUCUUUCGCAACUUUGAGGCUCUCUAUAUAAAUCGUGCUAAAAGCAAAUACACGGUGCCGUCCAUUAAUCAGCCUACGGAUCCAUAACACGCAGUACACGUGGUGUGUUCAUAUUAUAUAGGAGAAAAUAUCAACAGUUGAUGAUCCCAUUAAAAAUAUAGUGAGAAGUUCUUGCUGCUUCAUGAUGUCAUCUAAAAUAUGUACACAGUCGAGACUAGCUUACCUAUCUGUGAUGUUAUUUAUAGCUUUAAUUGCCUGUAUAGGAAUCGUGGUUUGGCUUGGUAUAACAAGGCCGCAGCAAGAAAAAGCACCUGAUGCUCUGGGUGAGAAUGCCACCGUGCAGGAAACUGUGAAAUAUCUGAGAAAAACAUUUCCCGGUUAUUUUUUUACCCCCGAAGAACAGCAGUAUUUAAUUGCCAAUGAGUCCAAGACAGAAACAGUGCUCAAACCAGCAAACGUUUCCACAUCUAAUUGUUCAAUGCCGAAGUGUAACUACUUCCCAUAUAAGCCUAACCCAGAACAAAAUCAACCUGCUAGAAGGAGGCGGUCUACACCGGGGGUAGUUUACCACGGAUGUUGUGAAACUAUUGCGGUGUAUACAGCUCCGACGGCACUCCCCAAUCUGCAAAUUCCUCCGAUCAUACGGAAGUUACCUCAGUUCCCGCAAAAUGCUCAGCAAGUAUUCAAGACCGAACAGUGCGGGCAUGUCAAGGGCUGCACGGGUUGUCAGUGUAUACAAGAUCCCAAAUAUUUUGCAGCAGUCUACGAGAGGGAUCCAGGGACGUAUAAUGAGAUCUCUGACAAAUAUGCCAUCGACUGGUUUCAACUGCCCGGCUGCUGCCGCUGUAGAAACAUUGCCUGAAAAAUAGAUGGGCACCGUGAAUACCUUUCAUACUGAGGCCUUGGUUGGAACAUUUGUACACUGGAUGCUUAUCUUACAAUCUUACCAUUUUAUUUAUUAUUUUUUAAUGUGAACUGUAAUGAAUCUCAUGUAUAAUAAAUAAAUAAUAAGUAUAGAUCAUAUAAAUCAAAGACUGAAUGCAGUAGUGGUGAACCGGCAACAGUGAAUCGAAAUUGCGUUAGUGACGUAAUUUUUUUUUCAAAACCACCACGAAAACCUGCUCCAUUUGCAAAGAUAUGGAUAAUUUUUUGUUACAUUAAAGUUGUUUGUGUGUAUAUACAUUUAUGUACAUAUAGGCCUACUUUUGUAAGCGUCUUAUUUAGUAAGCACAUCCUUCUAACAAUUCACAAUAAAAAAACACAUUCAUUUUUGUAAAUAUUAGUACAUGUAAAUAUGUGAACCUAAAUGUGUUAAAAUUCCCGUGGAUAUUGCAUACUGCGUAAGGAGCAGAAGCUGAAAAACAAAACUUUUUUCGUUAUUGAUAACUGAUGAUUUACCAUUCGUUAAAUGGCAUGAUAUUCUUCUUUUUGACGUGGUUUACAAAACUCUACACGAAUUUCGACAGUUGUUAAUUUGAUACGAAUUUUUUAUGUGACUGGUUAUAGCCCAGAGUCCCAGUCUUUCUUCCGAUACCAGUUUCCAACCUGUGCCAAAAAAAUGAGACGCGGCCUCUGUCAUCCAUAACCGCUUGAAGUAUGUUUCUUGCAAAACAAACUUUACACAGCGGUGAACAAUGCUCCUUAAAUCGAUUUUUCCUCGUUCUCUAGGAAAUCUUACCCGUUAUUUCAAAUACAAUGACUGCACAUUGACAGUGACCGCAUAAUGAAAACACUUUGGGCAGAAUUUUGGAUUUAUUGAUAAUAAUAGAACGGUUCACAAAUAUCAUGAAGCAAUAUAAUUCUAAUUAUGGCAUAAAAUAUAUAUCGAUAAUUAAUCAGGAAUUGUCAGAGGGGCCGACUGAAGAGCAAUCCAGUCCCAGCUCGCAAAAGAGCGUUCCAGGUCGAUUGAUAUGCCUAUUGUCGCUUAUUUACUGAAAUUACACGAGAAUUUACCUGGUCGUCAAUGGCAACAAGUUAGGAUCGAUGGAGAUCAAUAUCUCUUUGUUCUGACGCAGUUUGCGAAAAUGGCCCGAUGGUUUUCUAUCCAGUUGAUGAAAAGAAGCUAAUAGACAGUUUGUAAUAAACUUUAUUUGCCCCUGAAAGAAAAUAGGGAUGUUUCAAUGUGACUUGUAUUAACGGAAGUGAUGACUGACAGAAGUCAGGAGAUUGAUGUAUAAACGCGCAAGCCAUCUGCGAGACGGUUUAACAGUGCGCAGAAUUAAAUAUUCACGGCAAUCGAACGCGUUUCAACAUGACAUCAAAUAUUCAUGAGGACUAUUGAUAGUUCUGUGGGGAUAGGAUGUCAAAUGAUCGAAUGUUGUUGCAUGAGUAUUGAAUAGGAGGAAUGAAACAGCACAGUUAGCCACAGAAGAGAGCAACACGGCACCAACAAGGGCGAUAGAACCUCUGACAAUUUGACACCCACCUUGUGCUGGGUAGGCCGUCCUGGAAUUGCACAUAAGUUAGUCAGCUUGAAUAUGGACAGAUAAGUGUACGCAUAUCUAGUAAAUUUACUGACUUUUGAGGGCAACGUAAAAUCGGCGUGAAGUAAGUGUUUGUCCCACCUAAACUACCACCAUGGGGAGUUGCGGCUCCAAAGCGGAUAACCCAAAGAACAAGACGUACCACCUUCAGACGUGUGAUGAUCAUGAGGGUGGCAUUAACUGUAUGGCUAUCAGUGAUGAUAAUUCCGUCCUGGCCACUGGCAGCGAGGACAAAACAUGUCGUCUGUGGAGCACAAAGACUGAGCAAGUCCAGUGCAUUGGUAUUCUGACCGGCCAUGAGGACUAUAUCAAUUGCAUCUGUAUACUGGACAAUUACGUUUUGACUGGAAGCGCGGAUAAAACCGUCCGAAAGUGGGACAUUGCCACUUGUGAUUGUGUGAUGAUUUUUAACGGCCACAACUCGCUGGUCAAUCGUCUGAUUUGCACUGGAGACUUUGUGUUCAGUAGUUCAUAUGAUAGAACAUCUCGAUGCUGGGACUUUGAAACUGGAGAGUGCAUACGUGUUUUCACGGGCCACAAAAAGGGGGUUUACCCCCUAAUCUUCAUUCCGGCGGAUUCGGAAGACGUGACACCGGAGAGUUUUGAUUGGGACGGAAAUAAAGACAUACUCCUUUCUGGAUCUGCAGACUUCACUGCUCGGUCCUGGUCGUUUGAGACGGGGAAGACGCUGAAGGUUUUCCAGGGUCACACGGGAGCGAUUACGUGCAUGGCGACGGAUCCGGCAGGCAGGACGCUGUUCACAGGCAGCACGGACCACAGUAUCCGCAGUUGGAACAUCAUUAAGGGUGACCAGAUGAAGGUGUUCGAGGGACACGCUGGGUCUGUCAUAUGCAUGGUGGUUGUCAAUAAGAUGUUGUAUAGCGGAAGCUCAGACCAGACAGGUCGAGCGUGGGUGACAGAAUUCGGAGAUUGCACACGAAUCUACAGAGGACAUAAACACAGCGUGAGCUGUGUAAAGUUUCAUGAAGGACUUGUAUUCACCGGAUGUGGAGAUACGUUAAGCAGAUGUUUUGAUGCCAAAUCAGGGACGAUGAAGAGAGUAUUUCGUGGUCAUACGUUCGCAGUUAACUGCCUACAGGUUGCUGACGGAAAGCUUUUCACCGGGUCACAUGACUGCACAAUACGCGUUUGGGACAUCACCGGAAUGAAAGAUGACAUCACAUUUGGACGGGACGAUGACGACAAGGAGAAAAAUAAGUCAGAAAAAACGGUCGAUCGUUUGGAGGUUGACAAUAACCAAAAUGACGUCGACAAGAGUCAAGCACAAAUUAUCAUAGAAGACGAAACGAACCAACAAAACGGUGUUUCUAACGGACACGCCAUCAUGUCUCCAAAUAAAGCGGAAAAGGAAAAACAAAUGAUUGAACUUGUUUAAACAAACAAUUUCCUUCUAUAGCACGAAAAUUCAAAUUUAUUUAUCUGACAGAGCUAGAAUUUCCUUGUAAAAGAAACACAUUUAUUUAAAAUGCUUCUAAUAAGUUUUAUAUUCCAUAAUAUAUCGGAAAAAUAUUUACACUCAAUCAUAUCAUUGUUGUUAGUGUGAACUUGACAAUGUGAACACUGCCUCUGAAUAUGAGCAUUUAUUUUGCCAUAUGGCAGAAUUAUGCCAAAAAUCGUCAAUACUGUAAGUGUUUUACUUGUAUACUGUCACGUGGAUCAGAUUUUGUACAUAAGCA